UCGACCUCCACUGUUGCCUUUCGCUCUGUCGUUACAAAUAAUCGGAACCAGUUUGCUUCGCCAUAACGGUGAACGAGAUUAACUAGAUCUAAUCCACCACGUCUAUGGCCGUUAUCCUUUUCUCUUUUAGUAACCCCACCACUCUUUAAAAAUUUCGCCUAAAAAGAAAAAGCGUUCUGUCCCCUCUUUUGGGUUUUCAGCCAACGUGUACAACAACUAUCCAGAGGAUCUAGGGGCAGCACUAUACCAAGAGCCAUUUGACUUCAACGCCGAGCCACCUUGGGAUCCUAGCUGAUAGAGCACAAGUUCACCCCAGGACUCAUCCAUUUUGUUACAUAAGCCUAGGACCCCAGGGGCUUGAGUAGGUGCGAGCAAGACCACUUCGGACUAGCCACGUUCUUUAUGCCUGUCGGAUUCGAAGAAAACGAUUGAGAGGAUGAAAGGAAUCACUGAUGAACCAAAGUAUUCUGUUAGUCUCCUGGAGGGAGGCACAGCCCUUUGUGACGUGAUUGACAAUCACAUUUAUGAACAAACUCUGUCUGAGAAGAAUGCAUUCUUUGUAGCAGACCUGGGAGUUUUAAUGAGGCAGCAUGUUCGCUGGCAAACUCACAUGGUCCAAAUUCGACCCUACUAUGCUGUCAGAUGCAACAGCAGUCCAGCUGUUAUUGAAGUUCUUGCUGCCCUCGGAACUGGAUUCAUUUGUACCAACAAGUCUGAGCUUGAGCUGGUCCAGAGCCAUGGUAUUGCCUCUGAAGACAUCAUCUACAGCGGUUUUUGCAAGCAAGUCUCCCAGAUAAAAUACGCUGCUAAGAAUGGCAUUGACCUCCUGGUGUGUGACAAUGAAGCAGAGCUGCGCAAGAUUUCUCGCUGCCAUCCCAAUGCCAAGCUGCUGCUACAGGUUUCAACAGAAGCAUCUGGCCAGGACAAUGAAAUGAGCAUGACCUUCGGCUGUUCCCUCAAGGACUGCAGGCAUCUGCUUGAGAAGGCCAAGGAGUUCGGUGUGCAGGUAGUUGGAGUCAGGUCUCACAUUUCCAGCGCGUGUGAGGAUGACCAGAUGUACGUUCAUGCCAUAUCUGAUGCCCGUUGUGUCUUUGAUAUGGGAGAGGAAAUAGGCUUCGACAUGAACAUACUGGACAUUGGAGGUGGCUUCAGUGGAUCUAAAACUCAGCUGGAACUGAUCAAUAAAGCCGUUAUGUCUCUUGUGGACCUAUACUUCCCUCCUUCUACUGGAGUUUCCAUCAUUGCAGAGCACGGCAGUUUCUUUGUGUCCUCUGCUUUCACUCUGGCUGUGAACGUCAUCUCCAAGGAGGCGGUGGCACGGGCACAUGACGAUCCGUCUCCCAACGACGAGCCAGAGUUCCAGUACCACAUGAAUGAGGGGGUGUACGGAUCAUUUGCUAGCAAACUCUCUGAAACAAUGAUUACGGCUCCCUCCGUUUAUAGGCAGAACCCAUCCCUGGACGCUCCAGUGUUCAGCAGCAGCCUCUGGGGUCCUUCUGGGGACGACCUCGACCAGGUGGUGGAGCACUGCCUGUUGCCUGAGCUCAACAUCGGAGACUGGCUCACAUUCACCCAAGCAGGGGCCUACAGUAUGGGUCAUCCACUGUGUGCCGCUACUGACUCACCACCACCGCCCGUAUACUAUGUCAUCUCUACAAGAGACUGGUUUGAGAUGCAGGACAUCGGUGUGAACCACGAGGCUACGCUGAAAAACUUCUCUUUGGUCCCUUAUUUCCUCAAUUCCUGCCAUACAGUGGCUGGUCUGUCAGUCCCAGCUUAGCAAACACCGCAUAGGGAGACUUUCCUGUCCCAGAUCUUGCUGCUAGCUUUCCGUUCCACAUUCAACUGGGAUGAACUGAGCCCGCUGUGCUGCAAGUUGAAAUAGCUGGGACCAGACUGAAUUGAUUCUACACGCCCCAAUAUAGUAAGUGAUUAGACCGGCUAAACCUAAGUAGAUGUUAAUUAGUAUGCAACAAAAUGGAUGACUCCUAAAAGGAGGCUGUGUUCUUCCCUUUGCAGUUUACACACAUACAGUAGGCAUGUGAUGAUUUUAAAUGAUUAUAUUUGACAAAUGUAUGAUCUAUGUCUUAUUUGCUUUCCCCAGUCUUGUAAAAUAAGAUAUCUCUGAGUGAAGCGGCAUAUUUAAAUGGUAACACAGUUCAUAGCUAUAGUACAAAAUUCCAAUUGGUUGUAUAGUUAAUUCAGCGCUUGAUUUCAUUAUAUGUUGUCCUUCUCAAUGUUUUGGGGGUUGCAUAUAAAGGUGUAUUUACUCAUCCAUUUGAUGACAUGAAUAAAGCCAGUGUGAGCUUUAAAUCCACUGCUGGAAAUGUGAGGAGCUAAUGGCUCAGUAUUAAGUUUAUCUACGAUGCUGAGCAGCCUGAUCCCAGACCAGUGAAGUCAACUGCUAUACCACAAUGUAGCAUAGUCUGUGCAGCAGACAAUGAAUCAGCUGAUGUAGAAUGGGGUCAGAAUUAAUGUAAUUUCAGUAUUUAUAAUGCUUCAGCCCUUUUUUUGCUUUUCAAAAAUUCUCUCGAAUUUAUUUUUAUUUUUUAUUUUUUUGGGGACAGUGUUGAAGAAAUACCAUUUCCCAACUGCAAGGACUCUUGCAAGGUGUGUACAAUAUGUUAAGCUGUCUCCUAAUCUGUGUUUAUGGCAUGAUGGAAAAUAACUGCUGGGUCUGUGUUUGUCAACAUGAACAGUAAUAAACACCUCAAUGACUGGACUGUGAA